CCGUCUCCGUCCUUUUCUCCCUUUCCAUACAUACACACACACACACAUACACGCUCGCAAUAUGCUUAAAGUGCCCCAAAUAUACACUCGGUCACCUGUAGCUCGACGAGCUGCGCCAGCCUUGUUCCACCAAUUGCGAACACACGCUACAGCAGUUUCCGAUUCACCCUCACCUCCCUCAUCGUCGCAAUCAUCAAAGUCUAAGCUUUCAAAACUUCGAGAACGUCUGGCCACUGAGGAUGCCAAAGCCGGGUUAGACGAGUUUGUGAACCCGGGCUAUGCGGGCAAACUGACACCACAAGAAGCUCUGGAGUUGAAGGAAACGGUUGUUGAAGCCGGUAAAAAAGUCAAGACGACCAAAUUGAAGCAACCUCGCCUGCCAGAAUGGUUAAAGACGGACAUUCCUGCUGGACAAAAUUUCUCUCGUAUCAAGAAGGAUCUGCGUGGUUUGAAGUUGCACACCGUGUGCGAAGAGGCCCGGUGUCCAAAUAUUGGCGACUGUUGGGGUGGUGGAGAGCAUCAGACGGCAACGGCAACGAUCAUGUUGAUGGGUGACGAAUGUACUCGAGGCUGUCGCUUCUGCUCUGUAAAGACGAACCGCAAGCCGCAAGCAUUGGAUCCACAUGAACCUGAACAUACCUCCGAGGCAAUUCGACGGUGGGGUCUUGAUUACGUUGUGCUUACCAGUGUGGACAGAGACGAUCUCGUCGAUGGUGGCUCGAGCCACUUUGCAGAAACGAUCCGAAAGAUCAAAGCAAAGGCACCGCAUAUCUUGGUCGAAUGUCUUACUGGUGAUUUUGGUGGCUCAUUGGACUGUGUCGAGACUGUCGCCAAAUCCGGAUUAGACGUUUAUGCACACAACAUCGAGACGGUCGAAGCCUUGACGCCCUAUGUCCGCGACCGCCGUGCCGGAUUCCGCCAGUCUCUGAGCGUAUUAAAGCGUGCCAAGGAAGUGCAGCCCGAGCUGCUCACAAAGUCGUCGAUCAUGCUUGGAUGCGGCGAAACGGACGAGGAAGUGCUUCAUGCAUUAGAGGAGUUGCGCAAGGCAGGUGUGGAUGUGGUGACACUCGGCCAGUACAUGCGGCCUACAAAGCGACACAUGAAGGUGCACGAAUAUGUGUCACCAGAAAAGUUCAAGCACUGGGAAACGAAGGGUAUGGAAUUGGGCUUCAAGUAUGUCGCCAGUGGUCCCCUUGUACGGUCUAGUUACAAGGCUGGCGAGUUCUACAUCAGCAACAUGCUCAAGAACAAAAAGCAAGGCAUCCCAGCAGUAGACAAGGCCGCUGCUGCUCUUGAAUCAUCCACCAAAUCUGUAUAAACAAAUUCCAUAUAAUAUUCAUGCAACUUCAAUACACUACUAGAUUCCAUAUCUCUCACUCUUCUCCCCUUCGCUCUCCAACUCUCACUCUCACUCUCACGACACUCUUAUCAUAUUUCCUGUAAUUCUUUUUCAUAAAUUUGUUUAUUCUAUUUACACUACACAGACCCAAUAUAUAUAUAUAUAUAUAUAUAUAUAU